AUGGCAAAAAGAAGAGGAUUGGGUAACAUCCCACAAAUAAGUGCGUCUUUAGAUGAACCAUUAGAUAAGGAUGCCCCACCAACAAUUUAUGCCACAGAAUUAACUCCACAGCUAGCUACAGCUUCCCUUAAUUUAUCCAUUGAGUUCUUAAAACAACAACAAGGCUUGGCUAACAAAUACCUUGUAUUCCAUCCUUUCACCUUAUUUUCUGUUUUGGCAUGUGUUUUUGUUUAUUUACUGAUAAAUACAACCUUUCCAAGUACUAUUGUUGCACAUUCAGCCACUGGCUAUUUUUACCAGUUGAUGCUAAUAAAUUCUAGAACCUUUGUUACAGCUUUUAUUGUUUUUGCAAUUAGUGCGACUUCUAUAUUUACAUUUGUUUCUAGAUUUUCAGAAACCUUCUUUAAGAGUAAAAUUUCUGAGAUUACAAAAUCAAACGGUGAAUCAGUAUAUGGGGUAAAUUUGGCUUUAUUUAAAACUGGUAAUGUAAAACCAACCUCUAAAGAAUCUAAAAAUUUCCAAAAAAAUACUCAUGUCAUCAUGUAUAGAGCCACUCCAAUUUCUAUUAUCUCUAUUUCAGAAAAUAAGAUUAUAUCUAAUCCCCAUUCUUUGGUAAUGAAUAUAUCUACAAUGGGUAGCCGUAAAGUUUACAUCCCAAGUGGCAUCUUAGAGGAUUUAGUAGAUUGGGCCUUGAUUAGAACUAAAGAAAUUGCUCAAAAGGAAAAAUACGGUAGCUCAAUGAAAGUUUUAAUUAAUGUCUAUUCAUUCGAUACUGUAUUAAAGAGCUGCUUACGAAAGAAGGGCUUUUCCUUAAUUCAAAGCGGUAAACUGCAAGAAAAUAGAAUUCUUGGGGGGUUAUUUGGCGUUCAAAGUGAAUUAUGGGGUGUCCAAUUCCAUUAUGAACCAGCAAAAAGCGAGAAAUAG